AUGAAGCUGUUCAGUGCAGCCGCUGCAUUGCUUGCCGCAGUACCUUUUACCCAAGCAUACUGGAAGGGGUUCAACGUCGCUGCCGAGAACCCGGACGGCUCCUGCAAAACACAAGCCCAGUGGGUCUCUGCUUUCCAAAAGCUAGCCUCGCUUCCUGGUCACUUCACCUCUGUCCGCCUAUACGCCUCCAGCGAUUGCAACACAUUGGCACUUGCCGUGCCUGCCGCCAUCUCAACGGGAACGCAGCUGCUCGUCGGUGUCUGGACUCAGGACGAUGCACAUUUCAAGCGAGAAAAGGAUGCCCUUGAGAGUGCUAUCAAGAGAUACGGUCAAGAUUGGAUAAUUGCCAUUAGUGUUGGAAGCGAGGAUCUGUACCGCAAAGAAGUCAGUGCCGGGACGCUCGCAACAAAGAUCUACGAUGUCCGCGGAAUGGUUCGCGCAAUGGGUGUAAAGAAAGAUGUUGGACAUGUUGAUACUUGGACCGCUUGGGUUGACAGUGCCAACACUGAAGUUAUCAAGGCGUCCGACUUCAUCGGCCUUGAUGCAUACCCAUACUUUGAAGGCAGCAGCAUCGAAAACGCUAGCAACGCAUUCUGGAGCGCCAUCAACAAAGUCCGUGGAGUCGUCGACAAGGUCUCUCCCGGCAAAUGGGUUUGGGUCACUGAGACCGGCUGGCCAGUCAGUGGACCCAACUAUGGAAAUGGAGUCGCCAGCAUCAAGAAUGCUCAAACUUUCUGGAAGCAAAUCGCUUGUGCCGCCUUUAAGCAAAUCCACAUUUUCUGGUAUGUUCACCAGGAUUACCAAGCUUCGCCUAGCUUUGGUGUCAUUGAUCGCAACGGCAAGGCCAUCUAUGACCAACAGAGCUGUUAG